AUGGGUAUAUUAUAUUCGCUGCUAAUACGUGCGCCACGAAAACAAUUGACGACAGGGUGGGCACUUCCAUGAGUAAUAUAAGUUUGUUUAGAGAUUUGAAAAUGUCUGCACCGCCCAAGCUGGAACCGCUACCUGAAGAGCCGCCGAGGUUUCAGGACUUGUUGAAUCUGGAUGGAUACUUGACGAACUACAAGCCAGAGAUUUUCAGAAGAUUCAAAGAGUUUCGCAGCAGUUUGGACUUCAUCGAACAGGUAUGUGGAGGUUUGUGGUGAUGUUUCUGGAUUUUAUUGGGUGAUUCCUUGCUUGAUUUUAGGUGAUAAACAUGAAGGAAUAGCUAGAGAUUGUUUUGGUUUUUAUUUUAUUCAAAAAGGUUGGGAAGGUGUCGAAAUAUAUCAGUUUAUAUUGUUUUAGGUAUAUCUGCUAGUAUACCUAUAUAAAGUUGAUCUUUCGUGGUGUUAAGGAUUGGUUUUUGAUCUUAAACCUUUUUUGAAUUUUAGAAUAGAGUUUGGCAAGUAUUUUUCUUGUUUAUGUUUUAUAAAAAGUAGCAAUUCAACGAGAUAUGUUUUUUUAUAUUAUUUUAGGUAUAAUUUUUGGUAUGAUUUGCAAAAAUUUUGUUUUUGUGUUUAAAUUAAUAUCUUUUGAGAUCUAUAUUGUAUACAUCUGAUGUAUAACUGUCUUAUCAAGGCUUUUUAAUUUGAAUUUUGAAAAAAUAUUCGUUAUUUAGAGAGAUAUAGGCUUGCAUAUUGUGAUAGACACACAUUUUAUUAAAUUUUGCUGAAAUAUUAUUUUUUGAGUUCGAAAACUUUACUUUUCGAUUAAAAUUAGUUUGAACUAUCACUAACAUACUUAUUUUUAUUAUUUUAGUGUGAUGGAAGUUUGGAAAAGUUCACGAGAAGCUACGAAGAGUAUGGUUUACAUGUUUUGGACGAUGGAACAAUAAAGGGUUUCGAAUGGUGUCCGGGAGCUGAUACUAUUAGCCUUGUUGGAGACUUUAGUAAGAUUUAUAUGUUUUGAGUUUUUUAGUGUUGAAACUUUUCGAAAAAUUUGUCUUUAAAAAAUUGUCAAAGUCAUAGUCAAUGAUAACAUAGUUUUAAAGUUUGAUGAGGUCGCUGCGGAUAUUGAUCCAUUACAUUUUUUAAAUAAAGAUAUUGAUAUUUAAGACAUUUUACGUUAACUUUUAGACGAAUGGAACCCAGAAUCUCAUCAUUACGAUAAGCUUGACUUUGGGAAGUGGAGUUUGACGAUUGAGCCAAAGUCGGAUGGAUCCCCAGCCAUUCCUCACAAUUCUAUUAUCAAAGUAUGUUUUCAAAUACUUUUCGAAAUUUUAACAUUUUUUUGUUAUGUUCAAAUAAUUCUGAGCCUUAAAGAAAAUCUUCGGGGUUAGGGGCACAGAACUAUUUGAACAACAUAAUAAAAAUAAUUUAAUUGUAUUUAUGAACCUAUUUCUUUGAUUUUAGGUAAUUUUUUAUUAUUUUUUGUCAAAAAUGAAAUUUUAGAUAGUAGUUCACAAGGACGGUCAAAGGCAUUACAAGCUUUCACCAUGGGCAACAUACGUUACAUGCGCUGAGAAGAGCACUGUUUUCCAUCAGGUAAGAUAGAUUUCGUAUUUUAUAUUGAAAAUUUAUAUUUUUUGCGUUGGAAUGAAAGUUUUUGCCAUUUUUCAUUCUUUAAAAAAAGUUAUUGCUGUUUUUUGAUUUUUUAAAGAAAAUUAUUGCCAUUUUUGGUCUUGUAAAGAAAGUUACUGCUAUUUUUCAAUUUGGAAAGAAAGUUUUUGUAAUUUUUUGCUUUGUAAACUAAGUUUUUGCUAUUUUUUGUUUUGUAAAGAAACUUCCUGCUAUUUUUUACUUUGUAAAGAAGGUUCUUUCUAUUUUUGGUCUUGUAAACAAAGUUAUUGCCAUUUUAAGCCAUAAAAUGCAAAAUUUCGUUUUUACUUUAAUACUGUUACAGCAAUUCUACAACCCACCCAAAUCCGCUCAGUACCAGUUCAAGCAUUCUCACCCAAAGAAACCGGUCGAUUUGCGCAUAUACGAAUCUCACGUCGGUAUCUCGAGUCAAGACGGUUGUGUAAACUCGUACCGCAAGUUUGCCGACCAAAUUGUACCUCGAAUCAAGAAGCAAGGCUACAAUGCCAUUCAAUUGAUGGCGGUUAUGGAACACGCGUACUACGCUUCGUUUGGCUACCAAGUGACUAGCUUCUUCGCCGCUUCUUCACGAUGUGGCACUCCAGAUGAGCUGAAGUAUCUCGUGGACAAGGCUCACGAACAUGGUAGGGGUUUUCAGGGUUUGUGUUGGUAAACGUGGAAAAAUAGAGGAUUGGAGGGGUAAAAAAAUUUUUGAGGGUGUGGUUAAAUAAAAAAUGUUUUUGGCUAGGCGGGAUAAAAAUUUUUUUUGCGGUUGGGAGGGUGUGGUAAAAAAAUUUUUGCCGGGGGGUGUUUUUCAAAAAAAAAAACUCAAAACUUAUAUUUUAGGCCUAACAAUCCUGCUGGAUGUUGUUCACUCUCACGCCUCGAAGAAUGUCGAGGAUGGCUUGAACAAGUGGGACUGUACCGAUGGAGGGUACUUCCACGACAACAGCCGAGGAUAUCAUUCGUUGUGGGACUCGAGAUUAUUCAAUUAUAGUCAAAUUGAAACACAACGAUUCUUGUUGUCUAACUUGAGAUGGUGGGUGGAGGAAUAUCACUUUGAUGGAUUCAGAUUUGAUGGAGUUUCUUCCAUGGUUUAUCAUUCUCAUGGCAUUAGUAAGUCGGUUUUGGGGGAGAUUUGGCAAUUUUGGGUUUGUAAAAAGUUACUGCGGUUUUGAGCUUUGUAAAGAAAGUUGUUGCGGUUUUUUGUUUUGUAAAGAAAGUUAUUGCCAUUUAAGUAUUGUAAAAUUAUUUUUAAAACAUUUUUUUUUAGAUGACGUCUUCUCCGGCAACUACGAUGACUACUUUGGCCUGAACGCGGACACAGACUCUCUAAUCUACCUCAUGCUGUCCAACUACAUGCUCCACCAAUUCUACCCCGACUUUAUGAUAACCAUAGCCGAGGAGGUGAGUGGAAUGCCAGCCAUGUGCCGACCAAUUGAAGAAGGCGGCCAAGGCUUUGACUACCGUCUAGCCAUGGCCAUCCCCGACCUUUGGAUCAAGUACUUGAAGCACGUCCGCGACGAGGACUGGGACAUUGGCAAGCUGGUGUUCCAACUGGAGAAUCGACGGUACGGUGAGAAGCACGUUGCCUACGCCGAAUCCCACGAUCAGGCGCUGGUCGGUGACAAAACUAUCGCAUUUUGGCUGAUGGACAAGGAAAUGUACGACUUUAUGUCCACUCUAACACCAUUCACGGCCAUCAUCGACCGUGGUAUUGGUUUGCACAAGAUGAUACGAAUGAUAACGUACGGAUUGGGCGGAGAAGCCUGGCUCAAUUUUAUGGGUAACGAGUUUGGACACCCAGAGUGGCUCGACUUUCCUCGCAUCGGCAACAACGAAAGCUACCAUUACUGUAGAAGACAGUGGAAUCUGGUCGACGAUGACACUUUAAGAUACAAGUUCCUGAACAACUGGGAUAGGGAGAUGAACAAACUGGAGGAGACUUACAAGUUCUUGUCAAAUGGACCGGUAAGGGGAUAAUUGUCAUUUUAAAAUCUCAAAAUUCUAGGCCUGGGUAUCCUGGAAGCACGACGGAGACAAAGUGGUCGCAUUUGAGAGAGCCGGCCUCGUGUUUGUCUUCAACUUCAACAACCAUCAAAGCUUCCCGGACUACAAAGUGGGCGUAGAACAGCACGGUAUGUACAAGAUCGUUCUGGACAGUGAUUCCGAAGAUUUUGGCGGUCACAAGCGUCUGGAUCAUAGCCAAGAGUUCUUCACCUUCCCGGAAGGAUAUGCAGGAAGAAGAAAUCACAUUUGUGUCUAUCUACCUACUCGUACUGCUAUUGUCUUGGCCAAACAGAACUAG